UCACGGACGCCUCACCCAUUGAGGGGGCGGGCUAGCUGGGCAGAGGAAGAGGGUGGGGGGCCGCGGUGAGGAACGCGGAGUUGCUGGGCUGGGGACUCUACGCGUCGCUGGGGUGUAGGGAGGAUGCGGUGUGGGGACGACCUGGCCAGAGACACCGCCGAGUUCCGCGCGCAGCGGGCAGCCUGAGCUAAGAGCGAGACGCCUAACCUGGGUCCCUGGGGAGCGGGCGGGGCAGCGGCGCCAGGUGUGAGGCCACAGGAAAGGAGGCGGCGAGCAGCCGCGCGCGGAGGAGCGGGAAAGCACCCGGCUGCAGCUUCCCGCCGCCUCCGGCCAGGCAGCGGCGGAGCAGCAGGGGGAGGAGCGACAGCCGCCUGCUCGCCAACGGGGGAACGGGUAGGCGGAGCCUGAGCCCCGAGCCGCGGAGGCGCAGCCUGGACUGUAUGUAGUUUCCCGGGAGAGAGAGGGAGAGCGACAGGCAGAGGAGGAGCGGACGGAGCGAGGCGCAGCCGGGGAGCCGGCCUCCAGCCUCCCGCCAGGGGUUGCAGGUGUGUGGGAGAAAAGAAAUCCUGUGGAAUUGCGGGUUCCCACUGGGAAACACAGCCUGUCUGCAUCUGGACCAGCUGUUGCAAACCUGUUCUUCCCAAUUUGAGCUUGAAACUAUUCCAGGAUGGCUUUCCUUGGACUGUUCUCUUUGCUGGUUCUGCAAAGUGUGGUGUUAGGGGCCACUUUCCCUGAUGAAACCAUUGCUGAGGUGUCGGUGAAUAUGUACAACCAUCUUCGAGCCACUGGGGAAGAUGAAAACAUUCUCUUCUCUCCACUGAGCAUUGCCCUUGCAAUGGGAAUAAUGGAACUUGGGGCUCAAGGGUCUACUCUGAAAGAAAUUCGCCUAUCAAUGGGAUAUGACAACGUGAAGCAUGGUGAAGAGUUUUCUUUCUUGAAGGAUUUUUCUAACAUGGCAACUGCUGAAGAGAGCCAGUAUGAGUUGAAAAUUGCCAAUUCUCUCUUUGUACAAAAUGGAUUUCACGUCAAGGACGAGUUUUUGAAAAUGAUGAAAAAGUACUUUAAUGCUGAAGUAAAUCAUGUGGACUUUAGUCACAGUGUAGCUGUGGCCAACUACAUCAAUAAAUGGGUGGAAAAUAGCACAAAUAAUUUCCUGAAAGACUUGGUGUCCCCAAUGGAUUUUGAUGCUGUCACUCAUCUGGCCCUCAUCAAUGCUGUGUAUUUCAAGGGCAGCUGGAAGUCACAGUUUAGACCUGAAAACACUAGAACUUUUUCCUUCACUAAAGAUGAUGAAAGUGAGGUCCAAAUUCCAAUGAUGUAUCAGCAAGGAGAAUUUUAUUAUGGUAAGCAAUUUUUAGCCCUAGGAAGGAAGCAUCUCAGUCGCGCUCGGCCGCUCUGCGGGACCCUGAGGAAAAGCUACACCAGGCCCGCCACCCCGGGCGGGCGAGACCCCAAGGAGCUGCAGGGCAAGACGUCCUCCUACGCCUUCUUCGUGCAGACCCACCGCAAGGAGCACAAGAAGCAGCACCCCGACUCCUUGGUCAACCUCAUCGAGUUCUCCAAGAAGAGCUCAGAGAAAUGGAAGACCGUGUCUGCCAAGGAAAAGUUCACAGUGGAACAGGAAAUUGAUUUAAAAGACAUUUUGAACUCUCUUGGAAUAACUGAAAUAUUCUUAAAAAAUGCAAAUUUGACUGCUUUGUCUGAUAACAAAGAGCUGUUCCUUUCCAAAGCAAUUCACAAGUCCUUCAUAGAGGUUAAUGAGGAAGGUUCAGAGGCUGCUGCUGUCUCAGGAAUGAUUGCAAUUAGUAGGAUGGCUGUGCUAUACCCUCAAGUCAUUGUCGACCAUCCAUUUUUCUUUCUUAUCAGGAACAGGAAAACUGGUACAAUCCUAUUCAUGGGACGAGUCAUGCAUCCUGAAACAAUGAACACAAGCGGACAUGAUUUUGAAGAACUUUAAAUUACUUUAUUUGAAUAACAAGGAAAAUAUUAAUGAAGCACAUUAUGUUUGCAACUGGUAUAUACUUAAGAUUUGUGUUUUACAGUAUUUCAGUGUUUUAAGGUGAUAUUUAAAAUAGUUCUAGAUAGAAACAAUAUAUGUAAAUUAUAAUUCAGCGAUGUCAAGGAAUGUUACCAGUAUUAAGGAAAUGGUCCUGUUGUGUCAUUGUGCUUGUUGUGAUGCUAUUUAAAAUAAAAGUACAUACUGACCAUG